GCCAUUUGCCCGCCCCUCCCUUUCUGCGACUGGCUGUUCGGCCGUGGGUGUCCGCCCCACAACCCUGCGUCUGCGCGUGGGCCUGGGCCUCCUGUCGUACCUGAUGGUGGGAGGUAGUAGUUCCCCGCUUCCCUUCCGCGGGCGGGAGAGUUAGCUAACCACCCGAGAAAACACCAUGAAAGACACCGAUAUCAAAAGACUACUGUAUACCCAUCUUUUAUGCAUAUUUUCGAUUAUCCUAAGUGUCUUCAUUCCAUCACUCUUCUUGGAGAACUUCUCGAUAUUGGAAACACACUUGACAUGGUUGUGCAUCUGUUCUGGUUUUGUAACUGCUGUCAAUCUAGUACUAUAUUUAGCAGUGAAACCAAAUACAUCCUCUAAAAGAAGUUCAUUAUCACACAAGGUAACCAGAUUUUUGAAAUGCUGUAUCUACUUUCUUAUGUCUUGUUUCUCCUUUCAUGUAAUUUUUGUUCUGUAUGGAGCACCACUAAUAGAGUUGGCAUUGGAAACAUUUUUAUUUGCAGUUAUUUUGUCUACUUUUACUACUGUGCCUUGCUUGUGUUUGUUAGGACCAAACCUCAAAGCAUGGCUAAGGGUUUUCAGUAGAAACGGAGUUUCAUCCAUAUGGGAGAAUAGUCUCCAGAUGACUACAAUUUCUAGUUUUGUAGGAGCAUGGCUUGGAGCACUGCCUAUUCCGCUGGAUUGGGAAAGACCAUGGCAGAAAGAAGACAUCCAAAUGUCUGAUGCAGAGAGAAAGUUCCUGGCCAGUCAUCCAGUAGACUCUCUCCACUCUUCAAUGGAAAGGUGAUGCUUGUAUUUUUAAAAAUCUCUACAAAGCUCACAUACAACAAGACAGUACAUCCUAGAUUUGUGACUGAUAUGAGCAUUUAAGGCUGUCAUUUUCAAGUAUAAAAGUUUAGUGUUCCAUUACCCAAUCUGUGCAGUAGACAUAGCUAUAAGCUUAAGUCAUGUGAAUUAACGGAAGCCCACCAAAGACAUUUAAAAAAUUAUAAUUUAGGCAACAGCAAGUUUAAAUGUAGGAAAGGCUAGAAAAAAAUGUGUAGAUGAGAUUGUUUCUCUAAAAUGCAUUAGGUUGUUCACAAUGAAGCUUUGUCUAACACCAUUAUCUGAUGCAUGGCAUAUGCAAUAAGGCAGAUCCACAGCAGACCAAACAAGGAAGCUGAAUUAGGUAAUAGAACUAGUAAUUAAGAUGGUUCACCUCUAACACAGUUCUGUGGCCUGUUCCCCCCAGAGAAAGAUUAGAAAUGGCUCCAGUGUACCAAAUAAGCUUCACAGAAGAACAUGAAAAUUUUUCUCCAACUUUUUUUUUUUUUUUUUUUUAAGCAGAGCCUUUCACUUAGGGACCAACACAUGCACUGCUUGUAGAUUAAAUAAUUCAAAAUUAAUUACUUCUAGCCUAAUGUAAUAUAGCUGGAGAAAAUGGGUCUCUGGAAGCCGGUAUUUUGUUUAACUUACAUUCUAGAUGUGUAUAUAAGUUGUCAUUCUAUAACUUCUGCUGUGGUUCCAACAUCUAUAUCUGAAAGGUGGAAGCAGCUGUUCUGUUACAAUUUUCACGUAACAUGCUUGGAUUCUAGGUCUUCCCUCUUUAACACAACUUAAAGUUUCUUGUAGUUUGGUCAACAUACACAAUUCUAAUUUCAUUUGAUGUACACAGCCAAAGUGGGAAUUAAAAAAAAAAAAAUUACCAACUAGUUCAGAGAGCUAAAUUGAGUCCAGCAUUAUGGCAAAGUCUGACCCAAAAUUUUAAUUUGUAAUUUUAGCAUGUGUCUCAUGCACUUUGGGGAGCAUCAAACUAAAUCUACAAUUGCCAGAGCCUUGUUACAGUUUAAUGCACAUUAACUAAAAUGUGUACAUUUUUAGUGUUCAUGAUAAAUGCAAUUAUGACCUUAUUACACUUUUGGCAUUCUUUAAGAAAGCACAUUAAGCUUUAAUAUAGAAAUAUUUAGGUUACACUUGUGCUCAAGUAAUAAUAAAAACAUUUGUUCUUUUUUGAUCUCAUACAUUCUUUCCUCAGGUAUGGCCCAUCUCCUGUACGCUUGGAGCGACCUUUGGCUACGUGGCUGGCCUUGUUAUUUCACCACUCUGGAUAUACUGGAA